AUGAGACAGAAUAUGAAGGGCAAUUGGGCGACCUGGCAUGGCAAAGAAGCUGGUUACUCCACGCAGUACGUGGUCCGCAAAUCGAUCAAAGCGAAGUCUCCAACGCGUAAGAGUUGCGCAGACCGCAGAACGACCACAACGCGAUCUUCAGAGCCGGACGACGCUCAAGACUCAGUCUUCUCUAGCUCAAUCGACGUCGUACCAGCCUCUGGGUCACACUUCGACGAUCUCACCAACGACGAGGACAGUAACAGCGAAAUCAACACCAUGAACGACAACGAUGACAACGAGGAGGUCAACAGCAUGGGUACACGUGACACUUCCCUAACCACGGAAGAGCCUCGCAAGAUCACUGUCCGAUUCCUUACCAAUGAUUUAAAACUGAAGAGACGGCGAACGUGGGAGUCAUGCAACAGCAGUAAGCACUUGUUCGGGCAAGCUGUCGCUGCAGGAAUCAUCAAGCCUAUGGUUGAGACUGCUUUGCUGUUGGUUCGGGUGGCUGGCUUCGAGGAUAGCAUUCUGUUCAAGGGCGACGAAGAAGACUUUACCAGCUUGAGGGCUGUUAUCGAAGAUGCCGCGGCUGUCAAGUCUGAGCCCGGUGGAAAACUGCGGCUGGACGUCGAUGUCGAUGUCUUCCCAACGGGAUGA